AUGAGCGAUCUUUGGCGCGUCUUUGUAGAUCGCCUGGCGGCGUCAGGAUAUACCCUGGAGGAUUUUGUUGACAAUGACAGUUUGCUUCGGCUUGUCGCUGAGGAGUUUUGCGGUUUCACGUCUCAGCAAGUAGGGGAACUUCAGAAGCAGUGGCACAACAUGCACCGAGAAGUAACGAGUGCGACGAUGCAGCCGGGAGGUGUGUCCCGUGCAGCGGGGCGAGCUUUUCCUCAAACAGAGGGCACGCCUGCCUUUCAAGGCAGCUUCAGUAUGUAUCCCACAAGUACGGUGCUGUCUCGCGCCGCUAGAUUCUUGUCUAAUUUGAGCAAAAAUGGGGGUCUACUGUCGUCCGCGACGGUGACGGAGCUCCCACUUCCACGCAGGCUAACUCAGGCUUUCCGUGGGCGGCUGGCUUCAAUGCAUGGCCCCACUGGGGAGGUGGCGCUCAUGUGGAAACUCUGUAGUCCGAGCACGUUGGCCAGCAUCAAGGAAGGCCGACCAUUGGAGGCCACAGAUAACCGAGACAGUCUCUGCUCCUGUGGUAUUGUUCUCUACCGCGACGACGGAUCUGCGGCACAAUUUCAGGAAGACACACCUGUGGAAUUGGUGCACCAAGGCUGGUCUCUUGUUGCCUUUGAUACGGCCAUAGGCAAAUCGCGUCAUCUUGGAGAAGAAGAAAUUCGACUGGUGCAGCAUUUUUCAAUGAAGGAGUGUUUUAACACCCUUAAUAGUGACGGCUAUGAUAGCAUUCGGGUUACCCCUUGUAAUGCUGUUGUCAUAUUCAACCCAGACCAGAUUGUCCCGCGUUUUAUUGUUACAAUCCAUGCCCCCGGCAACCGUCAGUCAAGUUGCCCUCUCGCAGCAGCCGCAGUGGACCAUCAAGACAUGACGUCGUUUAAAUUGCAGAGGGGGGAAAAGCUCUGUGGUGAAGGGCAAACAAAACCCGCGGAGCUAAUAGGAGGACUGAAUGCUGCAAAUACGCCUCGUAAACCGUCUGAUGGCACUGCCUCGGAUGCGACCACUUGUCGGAAACAUUCGGGGAAGGAGUUCGAAUUUUGGUGCCCAGAGGAAAAACGGCUGUUAUGCAGUCAUUGCCUCUUUUAUGACGGGUACAGCAGCAGCAAUUGUGUACUAGUGGCUGAGGCAGUUCGAAAGGAGGCCCCACGACUUGAGCGUUGGGUGCAAAAUGCGCAGACCUUCACGAAGGAGAUUGAUUCUGUUGUUAAUCUUUUCCGCUCCGCAGAAGAGGAUAUAGACCGGUGUGAAAAGGAACGAAAGGAGGAAGUGCGAGAGCAGUUUAAACACUUGCGUGAAAAGCUGAAUGUAUUGGAGGCAGAACUUACUGCACAGGUUGAGACGAGGGGUGAGGAACAGCGGCAUUCACUGCGAAACUCCUACGCAGAAGUUCAGGCCACCGUGGAACGGGUAAAUUGCCUUCUUAGUGACGCCGAAGCACACCUAUUAAAGUAUAGAACCGGAAGUAUUGACUAUAGAACCGUCGUGACUUUUUUGAAGGUGACUCAAUGCGUGUUUGAAGACUGGCCUACCGUGGCUAUUCCCAUGUAUUCUGUCCUCAAUGGUUGGGACCGAAACAUUUUUCAGGAAUUAUCGGCCGCCUUGAAGCCCUCAUUUGCCACUGAAAGCGAGGGACAAGUGGAGUUGCCGGAGGCUAUAGACGUCAAUUACCUUAAAACGUGA